GCCACCGUCUCGGCUGCAGUCGGCUACAGAAUUUCUCGCGGGCGCACCCGCGGUGCGAAUGGGUAUGCACCUUGUCGACCGGAACGUGGGAUCUCGCUCACCCUGCUGGUCCAUCCUGCUGCCUUUGGGCCUGGAUCUUCUGCGUGUCCUCCUGGCGCCCGACAGGCCGACCGAAUUCGACCGGGCCAAAAGCCGCUUUCAUUUCUUCAAGUUCCAUCGCAGGAACAGCUCCGCGAGCGCCCGCGCCGCUAGUGUUGGCGUCACAGAACGCGACGGGACUGAGCCGCCACCGUCAGAGUGCAGCACGCCCCUCCCUGCUGGCCAGGAGAACUUUUUAGAUGAAGUCGAAGAAGGCUCCCUCAAACGGAAGCGCUCCGCCUCCCCGUCGGUCCCUCACCCUGAGGAUUCGUCACCAAAGCGGCUCAAGACGUCAGAAUCUGAAGAACACGCCGAUGCGCCCAUCAAAAUAGAGGAGAUCGUCCCGCAAUCACUGGGUGCUGCUUGCACCGAUGUGACGCAAGCGUCUGCCGAUAUUGAAGCCCAGGCAGGCAUGCAGACAGACGCAGCUGGCAGCGCUUCCGUGUCUGAACCCCACGAUUCCCCCGCCGCGGAGCCCCCUGUCUCGCCAAGCUCUCCCCCUCCUGCGGUAUCCCCUUUGCCUAUUGCUCCUAUUGCGAAGCCGCCCUUCGCUCUUCGAGCGCCAGUGUGGCCCAGCACUCCCAGCGCCAUUAUCGCAGCCAAGCCGUCCUCUGCGUUCCAAGCCUUCUCGGGUAGCCCAUCUGCCUUUUCAAGCGCUACCGCUGGCUUGUCCCCCGGCUGCCCUGUGUGGUCGACAUCUGCCAAUGCUACCACCUCCGCGGCGAUGACCUCCGACCCUUUGGCGGCGCUGUCAUACGCGACGAGUACGCAAACCACCGUAACGGGAGAAGAGGACGAGGAGGCCGUUGCCGAGCUUAAAGGCUCGAAGGUGUUCAUCAAGCGCGGCGAGCGCGACUUCUGUGAAGGCAUCAUGGGCACCGUGAAGCUACUCAAGCACAAGGAGACCGGGCACGAGCGGAUCCUGUUCCGCCGCGAGCCGGUGAUGAAGGUGUCGAUGAACGUCCGCCUGCGCCCACUCGUACGUUGCUCGUUUGACGAGGCGCAAGGCCAGCUCCGCGUCGCGCUCAUGGAGCCUGCGGAGGACACACAGCAAGAACGCGUGGUCGUGUACGCGCUGAAGAGGGGCAAGGCGUCGCGGACCGAGUUUGCGGACUUUGCAGAGGCGGUCAUGGAGAGCGCGCGGGUCGUGCGCGAGCAGCAGCAAACUCAGGCUCCUGCGCUUGCGUUGUGAGCGCGCGAGCGCGUUCCACUGGCGCUGGUCGCGACGCUGCUUGUUAGCCAGCCUAACUUAUUUGUUGCUGUAUCACUACGUGUUCCUAUGCUACCACGAUGGUUAUUCUCACGACAAACACUCUUGCUCUGUAAGAUAUUAGGAACGGGCCAGUGACACAACUCAAG